AUGCCAGACUCUGAUGCUCGAGCUCCUCUACCGACUCGUUUGAUCUUGUUAUCUGAUCUGGAUGUGAUCCCAGCGGAGGAGUUACCUGUCAAGGUGCGGGUAUUGGGUUGUAUCGCCGAGCUUCCAUCACAUUCCUACCCGUAUGCGAUCCUCUCCUACAAGUCCUUCGGACUAUCUGUGGAUAAUUCCCUCUUAAACACUGCAUACCGCGUCGGUGAAUGGGUUUCUGUCAUUGGUUACCUCGAGACGGAAGAUUCGGCAUUCGCGCCAAAUGGGAUAGUCUUACGAGCUUUGACUAUGUUUCUUGCGCAACAUGCAUUGAGUGGUCCGUUGGAUUUGGGUGCUUAUGAGGAUAUGGUACGUGCGCGGCAGCAAGCUGGGUUCUGA